AUGAAGCUCGUUCUCCUGCCCAUUCUUCUCGCCGCCUUCAUCGCCUCCACCGCCGACGCCGAUUGUGUCGUUCCGGUUCCGUCAAGAAACGUGGCGUUCAAAGAGUUCGGAAUCGAACUCCAAAGCGGAUGGGGUCUCAACCCGGUUUCGUUGGACUCGUGCGCCGUCGAUUGCUAUCUUCAAAAAGAGUGCGCCUUCAUAAUUCAUGAUCCGAAGACGCGAAUCUGUCGGAUAAUGAAAUUCACGACAACUCCACACGUGUAUCCGGCCGGCGACAUGAAUCUUUGGCUUAGGGUGAGUAGGCAUCGAAGAAUCGACCAGGCGCCCGAUUGAAUGCAUUUCACAGGCGAAUUGUCAAAUGGUCAUGAAAGAUCGUGCGAAUAUGAUCAGAAAGCUCGAGGCGGGACAAGGCACGCACGUGUUUUAUGGAAAAUGGAUGUCGUAUCAAGUCAGCCGUGUCGCGGAUGGCGUUGAAGUAAAGAUCUGGUAG